AUGUCUGUGUCCAAAGGCUGCCCUGACAGUGACCUGAAGAUCAAACUGGCUAUCCGCAUGGACAAGCCACAAAACAUGAAGCACUGUGGGUAAGUUACGCUGCGCUGAAACUCUAGAUCAAACAAUGGUUUGCUUCCAUCUAGUGGUACUGACUGCAUAACACACACUUCCAGAACAGAGACGAUCGACCAAGACCAAAACAGGCAACCUUUACUUUAUCUUGACCUUUAAACUAUUAUCUUCAACAUACAUUGAGCAUUACUGUGUAAUUGGCACUGUGACAUCUGAAAAUUUACAUUUUUCAAAUAUUGUGCUACUGCAUUUAUCAAGCCUACAUAAUUUUUGUGAAAGAACAAAAGGAAGUCUUCUCCUUCAGUACUUCACUGCUUUUUCAUGAGAAGAACCGUUUUCGGGAUGGUGUCUUGUCUCACAAACUCCUCAAUAUCUCAGCCUCUGUAGACCGUACAGUUGAAUGGCUGCUAUGGGUGGAUUCAGAACAAAGGAAGUGUGUAGGCAAAACACACAAUUCAGGAGGGGUUUAGAACCGGGUCAGAACCCCUCAAAUGUUGCCUGCAGCCUAUUGGUAUUGACUGAGUUAAAGAGAACAUUGAAAAAGAGUAAGAACUCUGACUGUCAUGAAUGGAUAUCAAGUAAAAGGUCUUGGCACCCUCCUCACCCCAGAUCAAAUAACAAAUAAUGAUUGUGAUUAGGCUGAUGGCUAGUGAUAGAAGUGAUGCGACAGCACCAACUCAGAGACAUAAGGACACGUUAACGUCACACUCCUUCCUUCCUCCCUCCUCCGGUGUCCUCCAUUGUGUGUGUACGUGUGCACGUCCUGCUCUAUGGGGGAAGCCUAAGUGCUGCCUAGUGUCUGGGUUUUGAGGCGCUCCGCCUGUCUCCCUCACUCACUCCUCCAUAUGCUUCCUGUACAGGGCCUGUGGGGCCUGAUCUGUUCCUGGGGUGGCCCUACAGUAGCCUGCAUUGGGGCCCUUAGCUCCCUGUACCAGCCUCUGCCUGACAGGCUGCUGGCAGCCCCCUUGCCCGCUGCUCCUUGGGCACUAGUUUAUUCAGAGCGACAAGCCCUGAUGCCCCUAAACUAAACAGGAGGGUACACAGCCAGAGGGAGGCUAGCCCAACCAGGGGAAAGAGUUGGCAGAGGCAGGCAGAGCUGGGGUUCUCACCCUCAGAUGUUCUUUUCCAAAGCCCUCCUUCUCCUUCAUCUGAUCUCUUCACAACACAACAAGAAACAACACAACUAAUUCUGUACUUCCACAGACUCAAGACUGAUAGCACUCAUCAAACCAAAGCGCAGUGAUCAUACCCACAUGUAGGGAUGUCCACUGGCACAUACUGUAGCUGGAGUUCUGGAUGUGUCAGGGGAAUUCAUGGCACUCCCAUCCACGAACCAUGUUCUGCUGUGAAUUAAGUAAAUACCAGAAAACCGUUAAUUUCCCACUUUAAACCCAUGCACAAACAAGGUAGCCUUUGCUCUAAACCCUUGCCACAGUAAAAGGUAGCAGUAAUAACUUUUAACCAUAAGAGGUCAGUAGAGACAUUUUACUGUAGCACAAGUAGGGUUGCAAAGGGAAUGUAUAUUACUGGAAACUUUCAGUUUACCAGCAAACUACCAGAAUUUUGGUAUCUUUCAAGGAUUCUAUGUAAUCUAUUACAAGACAUCUAGUGGCCCUUUUCGGUUCUUCUGAUUAUCACAGGUGUCUGUAAUCAUCUCUGGCCCUCUGUGUGGCCUUACCACAUGUAAAAUAUCUGAAAUAAUUCAAUAAAAAUAUAGAAUGACAGCUGUUAAACAUUAUCCUAUAUAUAAACCAUACACUUUGUGAAUACCAUUGGUGUUUAAUAUGAGGGUUUCAGCCUGAAAUAUUUUUUAACAGUUUUUUAUUUUGAUAUGUCAGCAUCUAUUUGUUGUCAAUGUCUCGGUGACAAACUGGUGGCAGUUGUGAAAAAUGUGACAGUUGGAAGAGUUGCAGAGUUAAUUGAAAAUAAUGCCAUUGUUUAUUACAGGCUUUUUUCAUUAAUUAGGCUGUUGUUCUCUUGAAACAUAUGGUCUAUGUACUAAACUCAUGGACAAUAUGGACACAGAUAUAAUACAUUAAUAAUAUAUAUGAACAAUAAAAAAAAUAUGUUAUUCAAUUAUAAAUUACCAAAGUUAUGAUAGAUUACCAUAGAUAUUCUGUUAAUUACCCAAAUUACUGAAGAUUCCAGUAACUUUGGUAAAUUACCGGUAGCUUUGCAACCCUAAGCACAAGCAUCUAUGUUAUUGUUUGCCAACUUCCAUUUGCUCAAGGUGAUGUAUACACUGAGUGUACAAAACAUUAAGAACACCUUCCUAAUAUUGAGUUGCACCCCUCCCUUUUGCCAUCCGAACAGCCUCAAUUCGUUGGGGCAUGGACUCGAAAGUGUUCCACAGUGAUGCUGGCCCAUGUUGACUCCAAUGCUUCCCACAGUUGUGUCAAGUUGGCAGGAUGUCCUUUGGGUGGUGGACCAUUCUUGAUACACACAGGAAACUGUUGAGCGUGAAAAACCCAGCAGUGUUGCAGUUCUUGACACAAACCAGUGUGCCUGGCACCUACUACCAUAUCUCGUUCAAAGGCACUUCAAUCUUUUGUCUUGCCCAUUCACCCUCUGAAUGGCACACAUACACAAUCCAUGUCUCAAUUGUCUUAAGGUUUAAAAACCUUCUUUAACAUGUCUCCUCCCCUUCAUCUAUACUGGUUGAAGUGUAUUUAACAAGUGACAUCAAUAAGGGAUCAUAGCUUUCACCUGGAUUCACCUGGUCAGUCUAUGUUAUGGAAAGAGCAUGUGUUCAUAAUGUUUUGUAUAUUUAUCAUUAUAAACUGGAUGGUUCGAGCACUGAAUGCUGAUUGGCUGAAAGCCGUGGUAUAUCAGACCGUAUACCAUGGGUAUGACAAAACAUGUAUUUUUACUGCUCUAAUUACGUUGGUAACCAGUUUAUAAUAGCAAUAAGGCAACUCAGGUGUUUGUGGUACAGUGGGGAGAACAAGUAUUUGAUACACUGCCGAUUUUGCAGGUUUUCCUACUUACAAAGCAUGUAGAGGUCUGUAAUUUUUAUCAUAUGUACACUUCAACUGUGAGAGACGGAAUCUAAAACAAAAAUCCAGAAAAUCACAUUGUAUGAUUUUUAAGUAAAGCAUUUGCAUUUUAUUGCAUGACAUAAGUAUUUGAUACAUCAGAAAAGCAGAACUUAAUAUUUGGUACAGAAACCUUUGUUUGCAAUUACAGAGAUCAUAUGUUUCCUGUAGGUCUUGACCAGGUUUGCACACACUGCAGCAGGGAUUUUGGCCCACUCCUCCAUACAGACCUUCUCCAGAUCCUUCAGGUUUCGGGGCUGUCGCUGGGCAAUAAGGACUUUCAGCUCCCUCCAAAGAUUUUCUAUUGUGUUCAGGUCUGGAGACUGGCUAGGCCACUCCUGGACCUUGAGAUGCUUCUUACGGAGCCACUCCUUAGUUGCCCUGGCUGUGUGUUUCGGGUCGUUGUCAUGCUGGAAGACCCAGCCACGACCCAUCUUCAAUGCUCUUACUGAGGGAAGGAGGUUGUUGGCCAAGAUCUCGCGAUACAUGGCCCCAUCCAUCCUCCCCUCAAUACGGUGCAGUCGUCCUGUCCCCUUUGCAGAAAAGCAUCCCCAAAGAAUGAUGUUUCCACCUCCAUGCUUCACGGUUGGGAUGGUGUUCUUGGGGUUGUACUCAUCCUUCUUCUUCCUCCAAACACGGCGAGUGGAGUUUAGACCAAAAAGCUCUAUUUUUGUCUCAUCAGACCACAUGACCUUCUCCCAUUCCUCCUCUGGAUCAUCCAGAUGGUCAUUGGCAAACUUCAGACGGUCCUGGACAUGCGCUGGCUUGAGCAGGGGGACCUUGUGUGCGCUGCAGGAUUUUAAUCCAUGACGGCGUAAUGUGUUACUAAUGGUUUUCUUUGAGACUGUGGUCCCAGCUCUCUUCAGGUCAUUGACCAGGUCCUGCUGUGUAGUUCUGGGCUGAUCCCUCACCUUCCUCAUGAUCAUUGAUGCCCCACGAGGUGAGAUCUUGCAUGGAGCCCCAGACCGAGGGUGAUUGACCGUCAUCUUGAACUUCUUCCAUUUUCUAAUAAUUGCGCCAACAGUUGUUGCCUUCUCACCAAGCUGCUUGCCUAUUGUCCUGUAGCCCAUCCCAGCCUCGUGCAGGUCUACAAUUUUAUCCCUGAUGUCCUUACACAGCUCUCUGGUCUUGGCCAUUGUGGAGAGGUUGGAGUCUGUUUGAUUGAGUGUGUGGACAGGUGUCUUUUAUAAAGGUAACGAGUUCAAACAGGUGCAGUUAAUACAGGUAAUGAGUGGAGAACAGGAGGGCUUCUUAAAUAAAAACUAACAGGUCUGUGAGAGCCGGAAUUCUUACUGGUUGGUAGGUGAUCAAAUACUUAUGUCAUGCAAUAAAAUGCAAAUUAAUUACUUAAAAAUCAUAAAAAUGUGAUUUUCUGGAUUUUUUUUUCUGGAUCAAAUACUUGUUCUCCCCACUGUAUAUUGGCCAUAUACUCUGCGUUGCGUCAUGCCUAAAAACAGCCCGUAGCCAUGGUAUAUUGGCCAUAUACCACAUCCCCUCUGGCCUUUUUUCUUAAUUGUAACAUAAAAGAAUGCAUAUGCUUUUUUAGUAUGCCACUUCUCCAGGACAUAAUGAUGCAACACAAAGUUGAAUAUUGUAAAGCAGCCUCUGUAGAAAGGACAUCCACCAUAGUCCACACAACCUGUUACUAAACCAUUGCUUUUGUUUACUUAGGUACCUAUGGGCUAUUGGUAAAAAUGUGUGGAAGAGAUGGAAGAAGAGAUUCUAUGUCUUGGUGCAGGUAAGAACAAAAGACUUACAACUAAAUAACCAUGGCCAGCACUAGCCCAAAAAGUGAGAUGUUAUGUGUUUUAACUGUCAAGCUAUAGUACGUUUCUUCCUCUAGUUGACUGGGAUGAUAAAGGUCUAAUACAGUUCUUGUCAGGAGCUUUGUAGCUGUAGCAGCCAUUUUUUGUGCAUCCUCAUUUGGAGCAUUAUGCGGUCUCCCCUGUGUUUGGGAGGAUAUGUCUCAGAGCGAGGAGUUGACAGGCGAUUGACAAACCAGAGUGUACGCUGGCUGGCCUAGCACUCGCAGCUAAAAGAACCCACAGAAUGCUCCACUCACUUGCUCCCAGCAAUACAUACAGCAUGUGACAAAUACCGGUCAGUAGACUGCCACUGUGGGUGGGUGGGUGUGUGGGUGGGUGUGUGGGUGGGUGGGUGGGUGGGUGGGUGGGUGGGUGUCUUGUCUUGUCUUGUUCAUGACAGUGAGAUGAAGUGUGUGUGUUUUUGUGUGACUGUUGUGCGUCAUGUGUGAGUGUGUUUCAUAGAGAGAUAGACAUCAAGCAUGUGCUUUGUUUGUGUUUAAUUUGAUUUGUCAACUUUCUUCUUGCUUCUGUUUUUUGUUAUGUUAAGUCACGUGUAAGUAUUCAAGACAUUCAAUACUCUAUUGGUGUUAUGAUGGACUCAAAUGUAUUUGUACUUUUGGAGAUUAUGGGGAAAUUCUCAAAACAAAAGUGAGGGCAAAUACAUUUAAGUUAGCUUUACCAUCAAUAGAGUAUGUCCCCUUUUGUUUCUUUGUUUUGCCUGAAAAUUAUACAUUCAGCAGUUAAGUACGUUGUACACAACGGUAGCUGUUGAUUCACACUUUCACUGUUUUCUUCUUAUAUGAAAAAUGGAAAUAGCCUAUGAAAAGACAACAGUGUGCCAACUUCAACUGGUUCAGGAGAUAUAUGAAAUAUAAAUUAAUAAUUUAAGUGAGAAACAAAAUGUUUGGGUUUGUUUCUGAGUUUCUGAGUUAGCUGUGUUAAUUACUGUGGAUGAGAUUCACCAUCAGCACUCUGUGAUGUUCAACCCUCCUCUGAAAUAACUUCACAAACAGCAAGUUCAUAUCAGCUGCAUGCCAAUGUGGCAUGCACACCAGACCUGCACACUGGAUGUGUAUUUUAUUAUUAUUUUCUGUGUGUUUGAGUGGCCCGAAUCAACUACCUCUAUUGGAAGUAUUUGAAAGUAUUUUCAAAUAAUUUAAUAUAAAUAGUAUACUAUUUGACAGUAUUUUCAAAUACAUGGGUUAAAUGCAUGGGAAUGCACUAAUUGUAAGUCGCUCUGGAUAAGAGCGUCUGCUAAAUGACUAAAAUGUCAAUUGGAUCACCCCCAAAAAAUAAAUGAGUGUAUUUGAGUCAGUGUAUUUUAGUAUUUUCAAAUACAUGUCAAUACUUUCCAAGUGUUUCCAAAUACAUUCCAAUAUUCAACUACUUGUCUUUUCAACAAAAUAAUAUAUCUGAAUACUUACUUCGAAAUGUAUGUGAAAGUAAUUAGUAAUUGAACCCAGGUCUUGUACACACACACACACACACACCACACACGCACUAAAUGCCGUUUGAUUGACAUUUGCCGUGAUACUCAUAAAUAGCACAGUUUACACUGGGGGGUAUUUAUUUCAGAUAUUAGUUUCCUGUCGAAUUAUUCAUGAGUUGUUAAUUACAUGGAGUGAGUAGAUAAUUUACAGUGCUGGGUGAUGGACGCUGGCAUCACCGAUGAAACAUGGCAGCAACACGCCAACAACACGUCAGCUACAUGCCAACAACACGUCAGCAACACGUAAACAGCAUCAGCAACACGCCACCCCCCUCCUACCCUCACCCUGUUCAGAUAGAGUUAAUCCUGCCUGUAGUGGUAGCUGGCUAGUUGAAUGCCCUGACAUGUCCCUGCUCAACAGAACAGAUUGGAGCCAUAAACCAGUUUUUUAUAAUGUAAAGUGAAGUCUAAUUAUUCAGCAGUCUGGAGGCUGCCCUCCAACACAGCUGGCAGCAGCCACUCUCUCACUCAGCUCCCCUCCGCACUCUGGGUCUUUCUCCCUCCCUCCUUCCUUCACUCUCUCUUUUCUUUUUCCCUCUCUGUUCACUUACCCCUCUUUCUCAUCUCCUCUCUCUCCUCUCUCUUCUCCUCCUCGCCAUCUCCUCAUCGCUCGUCGUCUCUCUCUCUCUCUCAGUCUCUCUCUCCUUCAUCUCUCAUCGCUCUCUCUAUCUCCUCUCUCCCUUCUCUCUCUACUCUCUCUCUCUCAUCUCGUCGAUCUCUCUCUCUCACAUCUUCUCCUCGUCUCGAUCGCAUCUCUCUCAUCUCUCUCGCUUCCUCGCUCUCUUCUCAUCUCGCCUCUCCUCUACUCUCUCUCUCUCAGCCCCCCCUCCUCCCUCUCGUCCCCUCUCUCCUCUCUCUCUCUCUCUCUCUCUCCUGCCUGCUAUGCACUAGCCUCCUGGAGUAAAGUUUUUAAGCAGUUGAUUAUGACAACUGGGGGAUAGAGUUUGGGGGGUGGGGGGGGCUAUGGUGUUCCAGAGUUUCUUCAGGUGACAUACUGACAAACAACCACAUUGAUCAUAUCUCUGGUCUGCCCCCCACCCACGCCCCACCACAUCACACAAUCCAAUUUAUAGACUCUCAACAAUAACAAGGUUAUAAGAACAAAGCAUGUAGGGUAAUCAGGGAGCAAAGUCUUUAAGAAUCCUUUAACGGUCAGUUUGACAGCAGGUCAGCCAACCUCUGAGCCAAUAGAGUCUCUCUCUGCCUCCUGCUCUGUGUCUCUGUGUCUGUCUCUGUGUCUGUCUCUCUGUCUGUCUCUGUGUCUGUCUCGCCUGGCCCUGACAGGCCCAAACAUUAACAGGCAGGGGGACGUGAGGGGGAAGUGGGGGGAGAGACAGAGGCAGGCGAGGGGGUAGGAAGGAGAGGGGGAGUUCUGAUGUGCCCCAGUGAUGUCCCGAAGGCAAGGGGGCACCGUGAAGCUGGGUAGUGUCCCAGCGGCCCAGCGAGCUCCACCCGGGGCCUCAUCAGAGCCCUGACAGUGAAUAUCUGUUGUCACACAGAGGCAGGCUGCAGCCAAUGAGAGCUGCCACUUGCAGCAGAGGUGACAAUGGCGCAGGAUUGGCCGGGAUCCGCGGGUUGUCGUGGCAUGACUGGCACCUAGCAGUCAGGCUCCCAUCUCUUGUGACAGGGUGUCACUCCCGCACUCGUCUGUCCACGCUGAGUGACAGAGUCAGGGCCAUAACCCCGCCCUGGCAACGGCCCUGGCAACAGCACCUUGACCACCCGCCCCCUUACUCUCUGAUCCCCUCCCUCCACCUCUCUCUCUGUCCCUGUCUGUAGCAGAAUAACGUAAUAAUCCAGAAUAUCACUGUAUCCGCGCUGGAUAGAUACAUACUGUACACUCACAAGCACAUAAAUACUCACUCUCUUCUCUCUCUCAUCAACAUGAGUUACUUUUAAAACACACAUGCACACUCGCACCAUGUUGCUGUUCAUGGAAACAUACAGUGCCUUCAGAAAGUAUUCACACCCCUUGACUUUUUCUACAUUUUGUUGUGUCACAGGCUGAAUUAGACAUUUAUUAAAUUUAGAUUUUGUGUCACUGGCCUACACGCAAUACCCCAUAAUGCCAAAGUGGAAUUAUGUUUUUUGAAAUGUUUACAAAUUAAUACAAAAUUAAAAGCUGAAAUGUCUUGAGUCAGUAAGUAUUCAACCCCUUUGUUAUGGUAAGCCUAAAUAAGUUCAGGAGUAAAACUUUGCUUAACAAGUCACAUAAUAAGUUGCAUGGACUCACUCUGUGUGCAAUAAUAGUGUUUACAUGAUUUUUAAAUGACUACCUAAUCUCUGUACCCCACACUUACAAUUAUCUGUAAGGUCUCUCAGUCAAGCAGUGAAUUUCAAACACAGAUUCAACCACAAAUACCAGGGAGGUUUUACAAUGCCUUAUAAAGAAGGGCCCUUAUUGGUAGAUUGGUAACAUUUCUAAAAAGCAGAUAUUGAAUAUCCUUUUAAGCAUGGUAACGUUAUUACCUACACUUUGGAUGGUGUAUCAAUACACCCAGUCACUGCAAAUAUGCAGGCGUCCUUCCUAACUUAGUUGCCGGAAAGGAAGGAAACCACUAAUGGAUUUCACCAUGAGGCCAAUAGUGACUUUAAAACAGUUACAGAGAUGAAUGGCUGUGAUAGGAGAAAAACUGAGGAUGGAUCAACAACAUUGUAGCUACUCCACAAUACUAACCUAAUGGACAGAGUGAAAAGAAGGAAGCCUGUACAGAAUAACAAAUAUUCCAAAACAUGUAUCCUGUUUGCAACAAGGCACUAAAGUAAUACUGCAAAGAAUGUGGCAAAGUAAUUAACUUUUUGUCCUGAAUACAAAGUGUUAUAUUUGGGGCAAGAGCAUAGUGGUGGCUGCAUCAUGUUAUGGGUAUGCUUGUAAUCGUUAAGGACUGGGGUGUUUUUCAGGAUAAAAAAGAAACGGAAUGGAGCUAAGCACAGGCAACAUCCUAGAGGAAAACCUGGCUCAGUCUGCUUUCCAACAGACAUUGGGAGAUGAAUUCACCUUUCAGCAGGACAAUAACCUAAAACACAAGGCCAAAUCGACACUGGAGUUGCUUACCAAGAAGACAGUGAAUGUUCCUGAGGGGUCGAGUUACAGUUUUGACUGAAAUCUACUUGAAAAUCAAUGGCAAGACCUGAAAAUGGUUGUCUAGCAAUGAUCAACAACCAAUUUGACAGAGCUUGAAGAAUUGUUUUAAUAAAAUGUGCAAAUAUUGUAUAAUCCGGGUGUGCAAAACUCUUAGAGACUUACCCAGAACGACUCACAUCUGUAAUCACUGCCAAAGGUGGAUCUAACAUGUAUUGACUCGGGGUGUGAAUACUUAUGUAAAUUAGAUGUUUCUGUAUUCAAUUUUCAAUACAUUUGCAAACAUUUCUAAAAACAUGUUUUCACUUUGUCAUUAUGGGGUAUUGUAUGUAGAUUUUUAAAGAAUCCAUUCAGGCUGUAACACAACACAAUGUGGAAUAAGUCAAGGGGUAUGAAUACUUUCUGAAGGCACUGUACAUUGUCACCGUCUCUCCACCAGCCAUGAACCAAACUUGAACCAGCCACUCUUCCCCUGGUUUGGCCACUUCAUUCAUCUAAUUAUAAUGUGAUUAUCCUUGUAUACCCACUCACACUCACACACAUUACUGACAAGAGGUUCAAGAGUGGGAAACACAGCUGUCACUUAUCCCCUCCCAUACUCUUUCUCUCUCACACACACACACACACACACACACAAACACAGAGAGAUUGCUUUCCCAUAUGCCUAUCUUGACCAGCAUCUGGUCACCAGUUAUGCCUGGUGAUUGGCUCAUUAACCCAUUAAUCCCGGUUGGUUAUCACAAACAAGUGGUCCAAUGCCUGGGUUAAAGAAAAUGUGUUAUCUGUGAGAUCAAGGUUAAAGUACAAUGGGGGUAAGGACAACUGAUAAGAUAUUAUGCUCUCUUUCAGUCUGUUAUUUACCUGGUAUACUAAAAUGGUAGUUACAUAGUAAUUACUAAGUAGUUUACCAAUCCUAUUACAUUUUUGGAGUCCCAGUACUCAUUGUACUAUGCAUUAUCUUAAGAAGUACUAGUUAAAUGGCAGUUGGAAUAGUACUAUGAAUAAAAUGUACAGUAACUAAUAGUAGCCCUCUCUCCCCUCCCUUUGUGGUACAGGUGAGCCAGUACACCUUUGCCAUGUGCAGCUACAGAGAGAAGAAGGCAGAGCCUGUGGAGCUGCUCCAACUGGACGGCUACACUGUUGACUACACCGACCCUCAGCCAGGUAACACACAACUGCGGCUGUCAAAUGAUUUAAAAAAUGCAAUCGAGUUAAUCGAAGGAUUUGUUGUGAUUAAUCACAAUUAAUUGCUCAUUCAGAAUUUGAUGAAAUUGAGCUGUAAUUUAAGAUUUGUAUACAACAAACAUUACAAGCAUAUUGAUUGAUUGAUUUUGUAAUGGUUAGCAAAAUCAUUUAAUUUGACAAAGCACACUUUCUUUAACCUCAAAGUCAUCACUGUUGUUUUGGAUUAUGUAUUUUGGAUGUUUUUAGUGUAUUUUGAUCGCAUUCAAAAAUAGUGUACUAAAAUUACAAAACGUUAACUGGUUAACUUAGACAGCUCUACACACAAAACAUGCACACGACCCUCAGGCAGGUAAGAUAAUCACAAUCUGGCUUUACAGUGCAAAUAAAGUAUUUGUGACCUACAUUAAUAACCACCAACCAUUUGUUCUCUUGGGAAUUUAGCCUGUGCAAAUAGAAGUCAGAUACCUUUUCUGGAAAUACAGUAACUACCACGACUCACUACUUGUUAGAAUAGUACUUGUGCUACUGUGGUUGUCUCACCUAGCUAUCUUAAGAUGAAUGCACUUACUGUAAAUCGCUUUUGGAUAAAACCGUCUGCUAAAUGACUAAAAUGUAAAUGACUACCAGGGCCUAAAUAUAUGGCACUGGUAUUUACCAGUAGCACUAGCCCUACAAACACUGCUAACAGGGAUUUAUUCCUUAGGUCUGGAUGGUGGGAGGACCUUCUUCAACGCAGUGAAGGAGGGCGAUACUGUGAUCUUUGCCAGUGAUGAUGAGCAGGACCGCAUCCUGUGGGUCCAGGCCAUGUACCGGGCCACGGGCCAGUCUCACAAGCCCAUCCCCCCCACCCAGGUCCAGAAACUCAACAACAAAGCCGGAUCUGCACCCCAGCUAGACGCACCCAUCUCCCAGUUCUGUAAGUGUCACCCCCUGUUGUGCCCACGAGGCCCACCACACUCACGGUAGCUCUCAUUGUUUCAGCUUCACAAAGAACUACAGUACCCAGCAAUCUGCCACCCCAAUAUACACUGCUGUUAUGUCUAAUCUAACUCUAUAUCUGUCGAGAUAG